AAAGAGCCUUAUAAGGAGGGUAAAGGCGUCACCCGACUCACCCCCAUUUCCCACAAUCCAUUUCAUUCUCCUUCUCCUCUUCUCUUCCUAUUGCAAUUCAUAGUACUGAGCAGAAAAAUGUUGGAGUGCCUUCCUGCGGGAUCUCCCACAUUCUCCACGAUGCACCAAGAACAGCCCCCAUGGAUGCCUCCUCCUCCUCCUCCUCGCCUGUUACAUCCACAACCACCAUUAAUCUCUCUCGCAUCUACUCCACCGCUAUUCUUCAAACUAACUCCUUCAAGGAGAUGGUAAGAAUCACCAGCUCCAUGGACCUUGUGGUCCCCGACGCCGCCGAUCACGAGCAAGAUCAACUUCAAGACCUCUCCGGGAUGCUCACCCAAGUGCUUAGCCCCAAUCGAGAUCGCGUCCUCAAUGCCCUUCACCGAUCCAAAUCCACUUCCCUUUUAAAUCUCAUUUCUUCUUACUUCGAUUACAGUGAGAGAACCACUAGACUCUGCCUCACCCUUCGUGGCAUCGUUGCUCAAGCCCGUCGACUCUAUUCCCCAAUUAACACCCUCCUCCAAGAUCUUCCCAUCGACUCCCUGUCUCAGACUCAUUGCGAACUCGUUGUCCAAGAAUUCCAUAAAUUCAAGGAUGACGCUAACCCUUUUCCCCGCCCUGACUCACUGACCUUCCACCCAAUUCGAGACCACUUCUGCGAUCUCAAUCGCCAACUUGAGCGCCGUCUUCGCAAGUCCAGCUCCAGAAUUCGCCUUGUUCGUUCUCCCAACCCCGACCCUAACACCGUCCUCUGCUGCAGGGGUGGUGCUGCGAUUACGGCCUACAUUCCUCCGAAGUUCGCCAGGAGAGAACUGGCCUAUGCAGCUCAGCUUAAAGUUGCAUCUAGGAACACCUAUGUUCUAAAGACUGACCUUGACACGCUUGAUAGCCUCGUCGGCCGUUUGCACAACACCGUGGAGGAUGAUAAGCGUUUCAUUCGGCUGGGUUUGAACAUGGGGAAUGAUGAGCACACAGUUCAGGAAGUGCUCAUACACUUGGGAAAGAACCACCCGAAUUUGGGACACUACCUUGAUCUUCUUGAGCAGAAGAUAACUACUUGUCUCAUUACUGUCAACCACUCAAGAUCUCAACUUCUCAAGGAGAUUCUACUUCAUCAAACUAGUUCUGACUCUUCUCAUCCACAAUAGUAACACUUAACUGAAUCUGGGUUUCACCUUAUUUUUUGUUUCUAAAGUUAGUGUUGUUCUUAAACUAACAUUCAGCUUGUCUCUAACCCGUUUAGUUUACUGUUUGCACCAAUAGAUAAUAAAUCCAUACCUUCUGAAACUCUCACAGUAGACUGCCUUUUGAAAGUUGAAAGCAUUUGGUAA